UUGGUAAUAUGGCAAUAGGGUUGCAUUAGUUAAGGUAAUACACGCAAUCCAGUCAGAAAAGAUAAUAAAGUGGACUGCCCUUUGGUCUACCCGUGAUGUGUGCAUGUGACUUGAUAUGUCACUUUUUCUUUGUUAUGUCGUUCAUAAAAUAAAGAAAGCUGAUUCAUAACUUUUAAAAAAUCUUAUACUUGACAACCAGUUUGGCUGUUAAGAUAUGGGACAAAUUGGGAUUUGGGGAAUUCUCCAAGGCUGUUAUGUAUUUUAAACUAUAUGUGUGAACCACUUAUUUAACAAGAGCAGCUGUGAUUUACACAACAAAUUAAAGUUUUAGUAUUUUGUGCAUAGACUGUUUUCAAAUUCUGGGGUGUGACAGAAAUUUUCCUGCAAUUGUAGAAUGGCCCUUUUAUUUUGUCUUCUUAAAAUAGUAAUAGCAGCAUUAAAAAGAUAUAUAUAUUCAGAACCCUUUGAAAACAUUUAACUAAAAUUUCAGAUUCAUAAUAUGUUUUAUUUGUUCAUUUAUUUAGUAUUGCAGCAUUUAUAUUUUACAUGGAAGUCUUUAGACAUCAGCAUACUUGUCUACGUCAUCUGAAGCCACCGGAAGCGUGAGUUAUCUGUCCCCGCCCCAGCAGCUCAGUCAAUCCAACCUGAAGAGAAGGCGAGUCAACGGCUAAAAAUAUAAUAGCUAACACAAGAUGGCCGGUCUGCCUCGUAGGAUUGUAAAGGAAACGCAGCGGUUGAUGGCAGAGCCUGUUCCAGGGAUCACUGCUACGCCUGAUGAAGGGAAUGCACGCUACUUCCAUGUGUUCAUUGCAGGGCCUCAAGAUUCUCCCUUUGAAGGAGGCACAUUUAAACUUGAACUAUUUCUUCCAGAAGAGUAUCCCAUGGCAGCUCCCAAAGUGCGAUUCAUGACCAAAAUCUAUCACCCCAAUGUUGACAAACUGGGAAGAAUAUGUUUAGACAUUUUGAAAGACAAGUGGUCUCCAGCCCUGCAGAUCCGUACAGUGUUGCUAUCUAUCCAGGCAUUAUUAAGUGCUCCCAAUCCAGAUGAUCCACUGGCAAAUGAUGUUGCAGAGCAGUGGAAGAAAAAUGAAAGCCAAGCCAUUGAGACAGGAUCAAUAAGACUGAUCCUCCUCCGUGUCCCCAUUGUGCUGCUCAAAUCUCAGGCAGUGGACGAAACGUUCAACCUGCCUGCAAUUUAUCAGUUAUCUGUAUGCUCCUGCAUACCCGAGAUUCUGACCUAUGACCUUUGA